ACGCAGUUUACAAAUGGCAUCCUCUCCUGGCGAUGUUAGAUUGAUCAUCGUACCGUUCAACAGGAGGUCCCCCUUAAAAAGACAAUGGAAAUCCAUAGUUGAAAUACUUACCAAACAACUUAAGCUAAUGGUCUGCAUUAAUACCCGUGUCAAAAAGGCAAAGGAUGAGUAUCUCCAGAAGGGCUUUGAUUUUGUCUCGGCUUAUCUUAGCGUUUUUGCUUUCGAAGAUGCCCUGGCUAUCGUCAGAAUAGACGGUAUUUACGUUAAAAGCUUCCAUAUAUCAAACGUUAAGCAGACCCUGCGUGUAAGCGACCAUUUGGCUAGACCUGUCGGCCGUAUUUGUGGAGCAAAUGGUCGCAUCCGGAUGUGCAUUGAAAACGCCACUCGUACACGAAUUGUAGUGGUCGAUCAGACAAUUCAUCUACUUGGCAGUAACGAACGGAUA